AUGGGUUCACUCGGCGAGACGUACUCCAACAGCCAUUCGAAUGGUGAUGACCAUGGAUACCCCAGGAAACCACUCCAGCAGAGUGGACUGCUCAACGAGAAGUUCGAAUCAGACGAUUUAACACCAGUCAUUGGACGGGAGUUUCCGAAAGUCAACAUCGUGGACGACCUGCUCAACUCCCCCGAUGCGGACACAUUGUUGAGAGACCUCGCCAUCACCAUCUCCGAGCGCGGCGUUGUCUUUUUCCGCGCGCAAAUGAAUCUUACCGACGCCCUGCAAAAGGUGUUCAUUCAACGCAUGGGCGAGUUGACCAACAAACCCGCUACCUCAACGCUGCACGUCCACCCCGUGUUGAACGGCACCAGCGAGUUCGGGCACGACAACGAAAUCAGCACCAUCAGCUCCGUGACACGCAAGAAGCUGUUCGGUGCCUAUGGCGAGGUCAAGAAUCCCCGGAGGUACGACGCCGCGCAGUGGCAUUCAGACAUCCAAUUUGAGAAGUGUCCAGCCGAUUAUACCAGUUUGAGGUUGACGCAAUUGCCGAAGAACGGCGGAGACACGCUCUGGGCCUCUGGUUACGAGGUCUACGAUCGGUUCAGUCCAACGUACCAAAAAUUUCUGGAAGGGUUGACUGCGACUUUCAUCGGGGACGGGUUCAUCAGGGCCGCUGAGGCAGGCCGAACGACGCUGUACGAUCAGCCCAGAGGAUCCCCCCAGAAUGCGGGUAAGGCGUUGACGGCGGUGCACCCCGUUGUCAGAACCAAUCCGGUCACCGGGUGGAAGAGUGUCUUUGCCAUCGGGUCGUUCCCCAAAGUGAUUAACGAAUUGAACGCCGAAGAGAGUGAUGAGCUACUCGCCAAGUUCAAGCGGAUGGUGGCUGAAAACCACGAUCUGCAAGUGCGCUUCAAGUGGAGGAACGAGCACGAUAUCGCUAUCUGGGAUAAUCGGAGUGCGUUCCAUUGUGCCACGUUCGACUAUGAUGGGCUGGGCGAGAGGUUUGGGAACCGGGCCGUGGGUAUUGGGGAGGCGCCAUACUUUGAUCCAAACAGCCAGUCAAGGACGGAGGCUCUGGCUACAGGGUUGUAG